AUGAGAGCAUUGACUGAGUGCAUUGAUAAGAUACCAUGGGAUGAACCCUCAGAAGUAUUGCUAUCUGUAUCUGAUGCCAUUGAGAGAAGUAUGGGAGGAACAUCAGGAGCUAUCUAUACACUGUUAUUGACAUCAGGAUCAAGAGUUAUUGGUAGAGGGGAGUGUCUUAGUAAGUGGGUGGAGUCUCUGAUGGAAGGAAUAAGAGCCAUAAAGCAGUAUGGUGGAGCUGAUGUAGGAGACAGAACAAUGUUGGACUCACUAGUUCCUGCUGCCAAGGCAUUACAAAGGUUCAUCACUGAUAGCUCCUCACCACUGGAUGCACUGAAGGCUGCUGUAGAGGCAGCAAAGCAGGGAACAGCAGAUACGCUUGGGAUGAAAGCUGGUGCUGGACGAGCUAGCUACGUACACUCAAGUCAACUCACACAAGUUGAUCCUGGAGCCAGGGCUGUUGAUAUAUGGCUAGAGGCUAUUUUAACUGCAUUAAGUGACUAGUAAAUUCAUUAUUAUAUUAAUUUUUGGAAUGCAUUUGUAUGUAUAGAGUGUUAUUUUGAAUACCAGGUUUUUAUAAAUUUCAGUUAAA